CUCGCCGAUCGUUGUUGCCCGUAGCAACAGGCUUCACCAAACACUAAGAGCGUGAACAUUCUUAACGGCUGCAUUGGGACGCGUUCAGAACCCAUCACGUCAAUUACUUCCACUGCAACACCGCUAACAUCGCUUCGAUACAGUCAACAUCCACUUUGCACCCACGCACAUUCACAACCACACUCAACAAUGUCUGCCAACGUCCUCAGCAGCCGUGACACCAACGCGCAGAUCAAACCUGUCGCGCAGUCCGACGCCAAAGACACCAAGUCGCUCGAGUAUCACCGUCAGGUCCUUGAGUCGCGCAUGAAGGACGAGCAGGCACAGAAGUACGUCUCUCCCUCGGACGAGAUCCAGUCACCGGCCACACAGAAGCUCAGCAACUUCCGCAAUAAGAACAUCAUGAAGAAGUCCAAGCCCCAAACACUCUUCCAGAAGACAAGCACCCGCAGUUUCGAGGCGGCUAAGGGCCAGCCCAUGUUCGCCGACAUCCCCAAGAAGGACGAGUGAGCCAUCGACACGGCACACAAAUGCUGUGAAAGCUGUCUCUACAUCUUCAGCUUCCGUAGCGCACAGUUGGUUUUUGGUUCGGCGCUUUUCUUUGCAUCUAUACCCCAUGCCGCGGAUGCAUGAUGGGGUUUGGCUGGGACAUGGUAGUCUCUCUGGCGUUUGGGAUGGAACUUUUGGACUUGAGGCACAGGUAUUGGACCGCGACAGACAUGAGAUUAUUGGAGAUGUACAUUAGCUCGGUACACAAGGAGUGGGAUGGUGGGAUGCUCUAUCGAUAAGGAGCAUGCUAAGCCGAGCAGAUGCAAUUCAUCUGGCGCCGCAUCCUGUUCACUUCUCUUCAUGACUUCCCCACCUGCAAGCCAGCAGUCUCUCCAGGAUGAAAUAGCUGACCUCGAGGGGCGUCUUCGUGAUGCCAAGGCGCAAUUGAACCAACAGCAGGCCGUGUCGACACCGUCUACGACUGACAAGGACGCAG